UGUCGCAGAUUUUGUAAAGUCACCGGACGCGCGGAGAGACGCAGCUGAAGGAAGCCGCUCCGGUUAAACGGGCCCUCAAAACUGUCGGGAAAACACACGAGCGGCCGCUGUCACAACCGUGAACGUUUGCUUAGCUCGCGUAGGAGAAACACGUUUUACUUUGAACGGUACGAGCCGAAGGACCGCUGCGCGCACGGAGAUGGAGCUGUCUGCGAUUGGAGAGCAAGUGUUUGCCGUGGAGUCCAUCGUCAAGAAAAGAGUUAAGAAGGGGAAUGUGGAGUAUCUGUUGAAGUGGAAAGGGUGGCCUCCAAAGUACAGCACAUGGGAACCCGAGGAGCACAUUCUGGACCAGCGCCUGGUGCAGGCCUACGAAGAGAAAGAGCAGAGAGAGAGAGCUCUGGGCCACCGGAGAAAAGGAUCCAAAGCCAAAAGACUCAUUCUGCAGGAUACUGUCUACACCAUGGAUCUCCGCAGCGCUCACAAGACUCCGGAGCAGCCUCCGCCCCGCCUGCGUCUCUCCCUGUCGCGCUCUCUGCUCCCCGAGGACGAGGAUGAGGAUGAGGAUGAGCCGGACCCACUACUGGCCCGUCGAGAGAGCGAACCCAGGAGGUCGCCGUACACGUGCCUGGACUCGAACCCUCCGAGUCCCACACAGGAGGACUGGGAAGGCCGGGGAGAGGAGGAGGAGGAAGAAGAGGAGGAGGAGGAGGACAAUGUAGAAAGUGGAGAGGAUGGAGAGGAGGAGGAGGAGGAGGAGGAGGAGGAGGAGGAGGAGGAGAAAGAGGAGGCUCUAAAGGAGACGAUAGAGAAGAGCGGAGGCCCUUUAAAUGGACAGGAGAGGACAGACGGGUGGAGCUCCGCCGUUGGACCGGGCGAGGUCACCGCGUCGGAGAAGCCGGACGACGUCUGGAGGCCCGUCCUCGGCCCGGGGGAGGUGACGGUCACAGACGUCACCCUCAACUCCCUCACGGUGACCUUCCGAGAGUCGAGGGUGCCCAAGGGCUUCUUCAGAGACUGGGGCCAGUAGGUCUGAUGUGUGACGUUUGAAUGGGUUGGGUGGGGGGAGGGCACAGGGAGAGGGGAGGCACCGGUUGAUGUGGACAGGGUUGGUGUCUUUAUUCCCUCUCGGCCUAUUCUUCCCCUUGUUCCUGCUACUUCCAGCCUGGCCGGUGGUACGUUUACAUGCACAGUCACCUGGACGUACGUGGAGCUGUGGCUCAUAUAUGACUGCCCGAUGUAGGUUAGGCUGUACACUUUGGCUGAGAAUCACUUACAGUUAGCAGUACUCGGGUUAGCUGAAGGCCGCUAAAAUCUUCCACUGUGCAACUGUUGAAAAUGUGACAAAGUAGCUGAGUUAAGUGAUUUGUUAAUAUUGGUUUAAAUGUGCAAAUGUGACCGGUAUAUGAUCUUUUCAUAUGUCAUGGGUCUUAACUCUUCCACCUUAAAGGUACCCCGGAGAGUUUGCUUCUUAACAAUCAGUUAUGUUUCUUGAGGUCUCACAAACAUGUGUCUAACGCAUUUCCUUCCUCAAAAAAACAUUUGUAAAGCCCUUUUUUUAUUUUAUGUUUAUGAAUGGUGCCCUGCAUUGCACACAUCCAUGUUUGAAACAUGAAAAUCAAAACAUUGCUCCAGAGCGUUACUAGUGGUCCACAACCUUUAACCUUUAAGAACGGUUAACAGGAUAAGCCUCAUGCAUGAACAUGUUCAUGUUAUUAUCUCCUCUCACGCUCUCAGUUUGUGCGAUGGGCACAAAUUACGUGAAGUGAGGAAUUGUGAAGAAGAGGAGGAAGAGGUCUCUGUGCAUGUAAACAUGGCCGCCGUGUCCGUCUCUCUUCCACACUAAGCUAACCAUUCAGUGCGUAUUGUACCCAUACUAACGAGCAGUGCUGUACCUGUGAACACAUAAGACUGUUACUACCGUACGACACGUAGCUUAGUCUUGUAUGUGUUUCAAAAAAAAAAUCCUUUUUGGGAGAUGAUUUGAUCCGCCUGCAUGCCUUUCUCCUCCAGUGCAGAUAUAUCAAUGCAGAGACGGCCUGUAGUUUUCUCCGUUUACCUAUAGACUCAGCAUCUCACAACGUACAAUAUACAAGUAAUGACUCGCACCACAAUCAAGAAACUAGAUGUGACUUGAUAAGAUAAUGUACUAUGGAAUUGCACUGUAUUUGCUGUACAUCAUGAGGGUCUGUGUGUCCAUCAGGAGCCUGUUUGUAGAGUUUGACCGAUGCGGUAAAUCACACCCUGUCUGAUAAAAGAUAUCAAUACAUCAAUAUCAUUGAUUUCCUACCUUCCCGAUAACUCGUUGGCAACAUAUCACAGCUAACGAUGUGUCAACGUAAUCAUUCAAUGUUCAUACUGGCAAUUAAGAGAUCCUGAGAUCUGAAAAGAGAUUAUGUUACAUGUGAAUGUAUCCAUUAAGGGCUGACAAAUAGACAAUAGUCAAGAACCACUGCUCUAAGCAUGGGACGUGAAAUUCCCAGAGACACUUGAAUGCACCGACAAGGACUGCCAAACAGUCCCCUCAUAGCACUGAAUUAUCAUUUGAUUAUGUAAGGUGGGCUGAAAGAGACGGAGCAAGUGAAUGUUCACUGGGCGAUGUUACAUGUCUCAAGUUAUUGUGGCAUGAGAAUCAAGUAAAAGGAUAAUAGAUUAAUAGAUUAUGAUGACAGACAUACCAAUAGAUUUAGAUAUUAUUAGUAUAAAAAUGAGAUAUCAGACAUUUUAAAAUCUACUUUUUCAUGACAACUGAGAACUCCAUCUGAAAUAAACAAACCUGUUGCGGCCUGGAAAGUAUGAAAUUCACGAAGCAUAUGCAAAUUGUAGUUAAUGGUCUAAAACACGGGAAACUGACUAAUGUGCGUAAAGACCAGAUUACCAUUUAAAUAAAUCAUACAAAUUACAUCUAUUGAAAGGGAAACAUUUUCAUCUUUACAGACUUAUCUCAUGUAACUGUGGCCUUCGAUAAACUCUGAAAAGACCAAUAUCAAAAGAUUUUUAAUACAUAAAAGCCCAGCUCUGAACCCGGAGCAUCGGUCUAACCCUGCUGGCUUCCUGCCCAGUGGACACAGGAGCUGAUGUGAUGUGUCAUGUCCGUUGAAUCUCCUGAACUAGUGGCGUCCCAUUGGUCCGCAAAGUUGUUUACUCCGCGCUGAGGACGACGGGUCAGCGUCUCGUGAUCUCCAAACUGUCUCCGUGUGACAAUGAAGCUGCAGGGAACGGAAGUGCCUGAUGUUGCAUAAUUUUGUUGUUUUGUCUGUGGAGCUUUUAGGGCUAAUGUCUCCCUCUCUCUCCCUCUCUUCCCUUUACACACACACAUUCACAGUUACUCCCCCAGCUUGUUUGGUCUCUGUUAUGCCUGAAUGCUCUGCACUGAUGCUAUUAAGACUUGAAAUAUGAGCAGACUUUACAGGGGAAGAAGAUGGAGGGGACAGUACAUGUCGUUAUUUUUCUACAUUGACCUGAAUGUAUAUUUAUUCUUUAACGGUACCUGUGUAUUUGUCACGCAGAUGACUGAGCAGAAUAGUUUUUUUUAUACGGUUUGUGAUACCCAUCGAGCCGACAGAACAAGCACCGGGAUAUCGGAUGGCGCCUAAUAUGGUCGCUUGUGCCGCUUCACCGAGCGAAGGACCUCGCACUUUACUGAGACAUUAACCUGCACAUCAGCUGCUCCAGUCCAACAAGUGUCACUGUGUGUAUAGAAUAUUUCUAUGGGAAUAACUCAAAUAAAUGUUGCUCAUGUUUAAUAUUAUUGUAA